CGGGCUUGCCAAAAAAACGCACCGUUUGGAUCGUCUCGGUCGCCCAAAAACCCUAAACCCCUGUGCUUUGUGCACAUUCAUUUUUCAAUCAACCUAAGACCACACACGUAAGCUGAAGCUUUCUCUGUUUCUUUGUAAAACGCCUGAGAGAGAGAGAGAGAGAGAGAGAGAGAGAGAGAGGGAGGGAGAGAGAAGAAGAAGAAGAAGAAGAAGAAACAGAAUGGGAAUAUUCGAGCCGUUCAGAGCAAUCGGAUACAUAACAAGCGGUGUACCUUUCUCUGUACAACGAUUGGGCACCGAGACCUUCGUUACCGUCAGUGUUGGAAAGGCCUUUCAGAUAUACAAUUGUGCGAAGCUCAAUUUGGUGCUAGUUGGUCCUCAACUGCCAAAGAAGAUUAGAGCUCUGGCUUCUUACCGCGAGCUGACAUUUGCUGCAUAUGGGAAUGAUAUAGCUGUUUUUAAGCGUGCUCACCAGGUAGCAACUUGGAGCAGGCAUAGAGCGAAGGUCAAUUCUUUGCUAUUAUUCGGAGACCACAUCCUAAGUGUUGAUGUUGAAGGCAAUCUUUUUAUCUGGGCAUUCAAGGGAGUUGAACAGAAUCUUGCUCCAAAUGGACAUAUCAUGCUAGAUAACUACUUCACUCCUAGCUGCAUAAUGCAUCCUGAUACUUACCUUAACAAGAUUAUUAUUGGGAGUCAGGAAGGUUCUCUACAGCUUUGGAACAUCAGCACAAAGAAAAAAAUCUACGAAUUUAAGGGAUGGAAUUCUUCUAUCUCCAGCUGUGUUCCAUCUCCUGCACUAGAUGUUGUAGGAGUUGGUUGUGCUGAUGGAAAGAUUCACGUUCACAAUAUCCGUUAUGAUGAAGAGGUUGUUACAUUUACUCAUUCUACAAGAGGCGCUGUCACUGCCUUAUCUUUCUGCACAGAUGGACAGCCUCUUCUGGCCUCUGGUGGUUCAUCUGGUGUCAUAUCCAUAUGGAAUCUUGAGAAAAGAAGGCUUCAAGCAGUUAUAAAAGAGGCCCAUGAUGGUCCAAUACUCUCACUCCACUUUUUGGCCAAUGAGCCUGUUUUAAUGAGUUCAGCAUCAGACAAUUCAAUUAAAAUGUGGAUUUUUGACACAAGUGAUGGAGAUCCUCGUCUUUUGCGAUUCCGAAGAGGGCAUAGUGCUCCUCCACAAUGCAUCAGGUUCUAUGCCAAUGGGAGACACAUUCUAUCUGCUGGUCAGGAUCGAGCCUUCCGUCUUUUUUCUAUAAUCCAGGAUCAACAAAGUAGAGAGCUUUCUCAACGCCAUGUUACGAAACGAGCCAAGAAACUAAAAGUGAAGGAAGAGGAGAUAAAACUGAAGCCUGUUAUUGCUUUUGAUAGUGCGGAAAUUAGAGAGCGAGAUUGGUGCAAUGUUGUUACAUGUCAUAUGGAUACUGAGCAGGCAUAUGUAUGGAGACUUCAAAACUUUGUUCUAGGAGAGCAUGUUCUAAAACCAUGUCCAGAAAAUCCAACACCUGUUAAGGCUUGUGCCAUCAGUGCAUGUGGCAAUUUUGCAUUACUUGGAACAGCAGGUGGUUGGAUUGAGCGAUUUAACCUUCAAUCAGGAAUCAGCCGAGGCAGUUACCUAGACUCUUCAGAGAGAAGAAGCUGUGCUCAUGAUGGGGAAGUUGUUGGAAUUGCUUGUGAUUCAACAAAUACUCUAAUAAUAAGUGCUGGGUAUCAUGGAGAUAUAAAGGUAUGGGAUUUCAAGGGCCGUGAACUAAAAUCCAGAUGGGAAGUUGGUUGUUCUCUUGUCAAGAUUGUUUUCAAUCGUUUGAAUGGUCUUUUGGCUACUGUGGCUGAUGAUUUGAUUAUUCGCUUAUUUGAUGUUGUGGCAUUGAGAAUGGUUCGAAAAUUUGAAGGUCAUACAGAUCGUGUUACAGACAUGUGUUUCAGUGAGGAUGGGAAAUGGCUUUUAUCAUCCAGUAUGGAUGGAACGCUUCGAAUUUGGGAUGUUAUUUUAGCAAGGCAAAUAGAUGCAAUACAUGUUGAUGUGUCUGUUACAGCAUUGUCUCUCUCACCAAAUAUGGAUAUUUUAGCAACCACUCAUGUUGAUCAAAAUGGCGUCUAUUUAUGGGUAAACCAGUCGAUGUUCUCGGGAUCUUCAAAUGUUGAUUCCUAUGCAAGUGGAAAGGAAGUUGUGAGUGUAAAGUUGCCAUCUGUCUCCUCUACAAAAGGUUCUCAAGCUGAGGAUUCUGAUGAGCGUCCCAUUUUGAGCAAUCCACAACCUAAAGAUGUGCCUUGUUUUCCAAUUCAUAAUCAGCAAAUCCCAGAUCUCGUUACUCUCUCUUUAUUGCCUAAGAGCCAGUGGCAGAGCUUGAUCAAUUUAGACAUAAUAAAGGUGAGAAAUAAACCAAUUGAGCCACCAAAGAAACCUGAAAAUGCUCCGUUCUUUUUGCCUACGCUACCAACAAUUUCUGGAGAAAUAUCAUUUAAACUUGGUGAUUCAGAAAAUGAGGAGGUAAAACAAGUAGAGGCGGAAAAUCAUGGGAGAAAAUCAGACAUAUUAUCAUCCCAACUUUUGCAUUUUCUUCAGUCGUGCUCUGAGACAAAAAAAUUUUCGACAUUCACUGAUUAUAUCAAAGGCUUGUCUCCAUCAACUCUGGAUAUGGAGCUUCGAAUGUUACAGAUCAUUGACGAUGAUGAUCAGCAAGAAUCUGAAGAAAGACCAGAGUUACAUUCAAUCCAGAUGCUCCUGGAUUAUUUUAUACACGAGGUUUCAUGCAGGAACAAUUUUGAGUUUGUACAGGCCGUCAUCAGGUUGUUUCUGAAGAUCCAUGGCGAAACCAUUCGGCGUCAGCCAGGAUUGCGGGAAAAGGCGAAGAGAUUACUAGACAUGCAAUCCUCAGUAUGGCAUAGAGUAGACAAAUUGUUCCAGAGUACUAGAUGCAUGAUUACUUUUCUUAGCAAUUCACAGCUUUAGGUGCCCCAAAAUUUUUAUGAUGGUUGUGAUUACAUCUCACACCCAUUUCAAUUUUGUAAUUUUGUAUCUUUUUUUUUUUUUUUUUUUGGUUCAUUUGGAUCAUAAUAUUGUUGUCAGUGUCGAUUUUAUCAUAUAAGAAAGCAUAAUUUAAGGCGUAAUAGUA